AUGGGGAAAAAUCCGCCGAAAUGGCUGCCAGGGGAGCGGGUGAAGGAGACAAUUCUCCUGCAGCGUAAGUCUGUGGAGCAGCUACGGGCGGAUCGUGUCCUGCGGCGCGACAAGUUGCAGGAGCGUCGUGACCGCCACAAGGCAAAGUUGGAUGCCAAGCGGAAGAGGAAGCUCGAAACGAAGAAGUUCAUCUCCGCGCAGACGAUUUUGAAGCACGCACAGCGAAAAGAGCGGCAGGGAAACAUCUUCCGCAAAAUUGGGGAGAAGGUGCGAGGCAGGCGGCAGCGCAUGGCUCCUGGCGAGUACAAAAAGAGUCUCGACGACAGCCGUGUAGUGCUGAUUGUGCGGGCACGUGGCAAACAAAUCCCCUCGGAGGUAUCCGCCGCAUUUCGGCACCUGGGGCUUUUGAAGUUGUACGCCGCACGGCUGCUUUGCCUGAACCCACGCACGGACCCUCUUGUGAAACAACUUGCCCCGUUCUGCAUCAUUGGUCACCCCGAGCCGGUACAAUUGGAGGAACUGCUUCGCACGCGUGGAAGUUUGUGGAACGAAGAGACGCAGACAAAGCGAUUUAUCAGCGGCAAUCUUAUGCUGGAGCAGGCCCUGGGUCAGUACAACAUACUCUGCAUCGAAGACCUUUGCGAUGCGAUUGUGAAGAAGACGGAACACGUGCAAGCAGCCCUGCGACACAUAGCGCCAUUUGACUUCCACCCACCGCGCCAACUCUUUUUGGAGCGACACCGUUCGGUCCACCAGAAGUUGGAGAUGGUUAACCAGGAGUCGUUUGCUGCCUAUAUGGCACAGCAGCUGAAAGGCGUCGCCAAGCGUGAGAAGAAGCUAUCAGCAUCUAACAAGCGAAAAGCAGCUAAAAAAUCAUCUACGUCCUCCUAA